CAUCAGAAGCAAUUAUGUUGUGAGAAUGUGGCACUCUGGGGAAAUCCUGGUCCAUCUGGACAAAGCAUGGUCAGAGCAGGCUGAUAGCUGGGAGCUGCGGAGCAUGUGAUGCAUCUUCCAUAUAGGGGCAGGAGCAAACCAAGACCAACUGAUGGACGCCCUAGGGCCAGACUUGCAGACAAUAUAUAACCUACUGCAUGAUCUAAAACGCUUCCCACUUCCACAGAGAGAACAUCAGGCAGAGCGGAGCCGCAGCUAGGGAAGAGGAAUCCUGUGUGCAGGGCACACAGCACUUCCUGGAGAGGUGUGGGAAGAUUCACACACCCUGCCCCUCUGUUCCCACAAGGAGCCAUCUCCAGGCACCCACCGCCAUGUCCAAGGACGACGUGGGCUGCAAGCUAACUUCGGUCUACAAGCACAAGGAGAGGAAGCCGAAGAAGCCUCACUACAUCCCAAGGCCAUGGGGCAAACCCUACAACUACAAAUGCUUCCAGUGCCCCUUCACCUGCAUGGAGAAGUCCCACCUCUACAACCACAUGAAGUACAGCCUGUGCAAGAACUCCCUGUCCCUCCUCAUCGAGUCCGACUGGCCCUACAAGAAGGGGAACCUGCUGCACCCGGAGCUGCGGCUCCUGCACACGGAGCCCUCCCGGCUGCGCGGGCGGAGGGAUGAGCAGGACACCUGUGACUCCUCGGCCGCCUCGGUGGGGUCGGGCCGGACCAAGCAGACUCCAGGCAGGGAUGGCCAUGACGACAAGUCAGGAGUGGAGAUCCUGCCUGCUGAAGGAGCUGGUGAAGAGGGUGGCCAGUUCCAGGAGGAGGAGGAGGACGUCGCAGGCCUGCUGCGGGAGAUGGAUGCGGGGGAGAAGAAAGAGAAAAGCGAAGAGGCAGGUUGCCAAGGUGACCCAGCUGAACCAGAAGUGAAUGCUUUGGUCUUCGGCUUCAAGAACAAGAGGGACAACAAGCCUUGCAAGGAGGUGGAGCCUGACUUCAUCAUCACGGAUGUCUUCUCCCUCAAGAACCAUGUCAUGAAGAGCAGGGAAAUGGCCUCCCCUGACCUAGAUGCUAAGCCAAAGCAUUGCAAAGUGCCAAAGAAAUGCCUGGCCAGCGGUGGGAUCCUCAUGGAGCAGUGGAAGCUGGUGGCAAACGGGCAAAGGAGGAAUACACCUGAGGUCUCCCCACCUUGUACUGACAGCAACAUCAUCCCGUGCUAUCCACCUCCAGCCUACAGUGACUACCACGAACCUCAGGGCCUAAACCUCUCACUGCUGGGUAUCAACUACCCAUUAAACCCCAGUCUCUUCUCCUACCUGAGCCCCACCAUGGCCAACAGCACGACAACACACCCACACUUGGCUCAGCUGCCCUUCCUGGCUUCCACGGCCCAGCUGAUGCACCCACACGCCUCCCACUUCCAACCUCUGCAGACCCCCGAGCGCUCAGCCUUCCUUCCCCGCUUCUACUACCCCUUGCUCUUCGAGCACACCUUCGGCUCCACUGACAGCAAGAUGUCCUCCAGCAAGCCAGACACCCAGCAGCUGGUGGGCUCAGUCAUGCCCACACCACCCCAGGCCAAACCUCCCAAUGAGCCAACCAAACCCGGGCUGCUGAAGGUACCCAUCCUGAAGACAGGUUUUCCUUGGUCCAAAGGUGUCCGGGAGGAGCCAGGCUCUGAGCUCAGCCACCCUGCCAUGCUGGAGCAGGAAGAAGAAGAGAAAUGGCUGUCCCACGAGAAGGAGGGCAGCCCAGCUUUGGGCCUCACCAACCUGCGCAAAAAGCCAGCCACUGACAUCUACCAAACCGUGGUGGGGGUGAAGGAUGGUGCUUUCACCCACGGCGGCGUCCGGAAGACAGAGCUGGGAGUGGUGACCUGUCUGGAGACCAGCAGCCCUCCAGGAAACCCACUGAAGAGGAAGUUCCCAGCCAACGGGCUGGAUUUGAUAGGACCUGAGAGGAUGAUGCCUGAAAAACUCAGCUACCAGGGCGGCGGUUCAAGGGCCAACGCUGGCAACAUCCCCAAGGUCCUCGACCACUGGCACACAGAGGUCCUCGCAGGGCAGCCUGAGGAACCAGAGAGGGGCAAUGACACCGAAGUGUUUCCCUCUGUGGGUGCUGCCCUGGACCACAGUCUCUGCAAGCAGAGCAGAGCCCAGGAGACAUCUGCCACCAUGACAGACUCUGAGGCAACAACCGUGCUCAUCGGGGACCUGUCCAAAACCUUGGAGGAGUACCAGGAGGUGGAGAAGAAACUGUCUGAUCUGGCAAAGGAGGACACCCCUGGGCAAAAAGAGCUGAGGGACCAGCUGGUCAAAAUACGAAGGGAGCUCUACCACAUCCACCAGGCACUGGAGAAAGCCACCAAACCCCACGAGGGGCCGCUGGACCUGUCGGUGAAGAGAUCCUCGGAAGGUCUGGAGAAGGUCCAGCAGGCCAAGAAGGAGCCCUGCAACAUGAGCCUGGGAAGUGAGAAGCUCCACGGCAAAGACCAAGGGCCCCUCAGCAAAUGUCCGGCCACGGGGGAGGCCGGAGAUGGGGAGGGGCUGCCCAGCUGCCUCCUCGAGGCCGAGAACAAAACCAUCGACCUGCUGAUCAAGAUGAGCCGCUCCGAGAGCCUCCGGGCGGCCUCGUCCGAGGGCCCCCUGGGUGCUGUGAUCAAGGCCGAGGUGCUGCCGCUCUCAGUGCCCCUGGAGCUGCGGCACGUCAUGGAGCCCUACUACAGCCGCACCACCAAGUGUGAGGCCGACUCCAGCGUCCUGCUCUGCUCCGACGGCAGGUCCGGCACCACCCAGGGCCCUCAGCUCCCGGUCCCUGCUGAGGACGGGCCCCUGGGCUGCCGGGCCAUGCAGCGCUCCCUGUCCCGUGGCCUUCCCGGCGACACCGACGCCGUGUGUGUCCACAGCCCUCUGCAUGCAGACCCCUAAAUCCAGCUCGCUCGAAAGCUCCUGGAUCUCACUGACCACCUCAUGCUUCACCUUGCCAACGUCCCACCUCUCCACUCCUCCU